GCUAAACGAGCAUAACUGUUUCGUUCCCGUUGUUAGUGUGAUGGAGGUUUUGAAUUUCAAUGGAAAGUAUUAAUGUGUUGCAAUUUUUCGCGAAUUAUUGUGGUAUCUCAGAAUGUGAAACGCUUUAUUUUUAUAUUUGCUACUAUGAUUAUUAAGUAAAAUUAAUUUUGUGUUAAUUCAGGAAGAACGAAAUGAUGAAUUAUGUAAGGAGCUUCAACAAGUGUCAUCUCAUCUAGCAAGUUUGUGAUUGUUGAAUAUUUUUAAACACGAAAAUUUCGUAAGAUAAUUCUACGAAAUGCGGACCGAUCUCACUAAACGAGUAUUAACUUUCUGUACGUUUUUUAUUUGUUGUGGAGCCUUAGCUCUUUUAUCGGCAUCUUUCGCCACGCAAAGAUGGAUCGUUGCAAAAGCUGUGAAAGUAGGGUUGCCUCCGAGUAUUAGCAACGCUACUGCAGGUGAUAGCACGAAAUUUCGUGGGGAGCUACACUUUGGAUUAUUUGAAGGCUCUAAAACUUUGAAUCAUGGGUUUGGUGACAGGAAAAGCCAUAUCUGGGUUCAGCAGGAAAUGGCAAAGAAUCCUCAACUUUUCAUCUUUAGUUUGUGGCUGCUUACAAUUAUGAGUUUAGCACUUGCCAUGUUGUUUGCCUUAAUAAGUGCUGUAUUUGCUGUUAUCAAUACUGUUGUCACUCCAGUAGAAGUCAUAACUGGUAUAGCUGGACUGUAUCUUUGGAAUGGUGUUGGAGCUCUCUUCUCUGCUGGGAGUGUACUCAGCUGGGUUGCUCAGUACUAUGCAAAAUUACGUAUGAAUGUAAUGACAAAAGAAGAGUUGGAGCAACAGUGGACAUCAGAGAAUACUGCUUGGUUUGGCUACAGCUUUUGGUUUGCUGCUGUUUCAUUUAUUUUGUUUAUUAUUAAUAUUGUUAUUACAACACUUGCUAUGAGGCAGCCAUGGGAAAGGAGAAAGCCAAAACUUACCAUGAAUAAAAAUCCAGAGGGUGUUAUUAUGCUAUACUAAUGUUCCUCUAACUAUAAAUAGAUGUAAAUAUUGUUUUUACUAAAUCUUUUACUGUUAUCUCUUAAACUGUUUGUGGGAUGAUGUGAUAGCAUGCGAGUUUUGUUGCAGCUUUUAAAACACUGGUUAAAAAUUCUUAUUACUAGAUGUAAAUUUGAUGUCUCACCAUGUUUCUAUGCAACAUGCAUAAAAUUCCUUUUUGUAGUGAAUAUAUAAAGUCUGGAAAUAGUAAACACAUCUCGCAUCAUUUGUGAAAGAAUUGUACAUACAUAUUUUUUAACAUAGAAUCUUAAAAUGUUUUAGAUAAAAUAUUUUUUGUAUGAAGUGCCUUUUUACUGUAUGCAUAUAAAUUUAUAUGGUAUUUUACUUUUUCUAUGAUUUUUAGGAAUGUAUUUUAAAGUAUAUUUUAUAUGAACAUCUUAUUCCGUUCUCUGCUGUUGAUGUGUAACAUGAAUCUGAACCAUUUUCUACCCCUUAAGUGCUGUGCUAUAAUAAGUAACCUAAUCUAAUGCAGGCCUUCUAUAAUAUAUUAUGGUUGUAGUGUAGACUUGGAAAAUUUAUGUUUUAGGAAUAAAUCUUAUGCAAAUUUAUCAUUAUAUCUUUAUCUCUCAAAUUUUUGAAACUUUAAUGCUGUACUAGAUUUGACUGCAUAUUUGAGGGACGAAAUCUCUGUGAUAUCAUUCUUUAAUUCCAUAUUUCUGAUCAAAUAAUUACUUUAACAUAACAAUAUAUACUAUAAAUAUAUUAUAUUUUUUAGUAUACCUGAUAUUGUGUGCACAUUCCAUUUUAACAUUUUAUUUAUUUUUUCUAUUCCUUGUGAUAUUUAAGCUCAUUCAUGAUUAAGAUUAUAUAAUUUUAACAUUUUGAGCAUUUAAAAGGGUAGAAUUUUAAAUGUUGGCAUACAUAUUCAACUUCUCAAAUUAUUUGUGCAUCAUGCAUGACUGUGUUGUACAUUCACAUAAACAUUUGCAAAUAUUUCUGUUUUUUAAGUUAUUGCAUCAUAAAUUUAUAAAAUUUUAUCUUCUAUGUGUAUAGCUGGUAUUGUGGCUUAAUCUAUGCACAAGUAUGCAGCAUGAAUUUUAGCUGUGUUUAAAACUAUAUAUAAAACUUACCCAUAUAUAAAACUUAAAAAUUUCUCUUUGCAUUUUUUUUAGCUUUAUAAGUUGUGUAAUUUUGUGGCUUAUUAUAUGUAAAUACUAGCAGCCAGUGCAGUAAUAAACAUUUAAAAGCAAUGUUAAUUAAUAAUAACAAAGUAAAUAUGCCAUAUAUUUGAUUUUGUAUGUAUGCUCUCUUUUAAGAAAUAGUACUUUUAUAUUGUUUAUCCUGUUUUUUAAACCAAAUCAGGGUUGCCACGCUACCUGGAAAACCAGAAAAAGUCAAAGAAUUUCAUACGGCGAUCCGCCCCCCAAAAAAAAGAGUUUUGCGCCGACAUUGGAAUGAAUGUCAUUCGGGCAGCUGGCAUAGAGUCAUUUUUCACAGCUCCAAUCAGAUUGUCUUUUAGAAAGGCAAAGCAAGUUUCCAGGAACUUUGAUUUCCAAUAACCUUGAAAAUAAAGAGACUCUCAUGCACAUGUACAGUGCAUGUUGAAGAAAAUACCUUCCCAUUUGUGUAUGAAACAAAAUUGGUUUAAUACUAGUAUAUGGUACUAUGGGGUUAGAAUAGCUCUCAUGUAUUCUAUUCUAACAUCUAUCUACGGUAUAAAUGGAUUUGGCGACAUUAUGAUGGGUCAUUUUGGUAAUGGUGACAAUUUUCAAAAUCGUGUUAAGGCCGUAGUGUAUACAAGGGUUUCACCACAAAAUCUUUUAAACAUUUUCCCCCUUUUUAAUAAAUGCCUUAUUUUGAAGUAAAAUAAACAAAAAAAAAA